GUGUCAUACCGCAUCCACUCGUAUCGCCAGACUCACUUCAGUUGCUCGUCCUGUGUUGCUGUGUUCGUGAGAGAUGAGUUACCCCGGCGCCAACCCCGGCGUAGGCUUCGGCCAGGGAGCAGGGCAGUACCCGCCGGCACCUGGAGCCUCGCCCUACCCGCCCGCCCCGGGUGCUUCGCCAUACCCUCCUGCACCAUACCCAGGGAGUUCGCCUUACCCCCCUGCCCCGGGAGGGUCGCCUUACCCCCCUGUUCCAGGGGCUUCUCCGUACCCUCCGGCACCGGGGGCCGCUCCCUACCCGCCUGCCCCAGGGGCGUCGCCUUACCCUCCCGCCCCAGGGGGGUCGCCCUACCCUCCUGCCCCGGGGGCAUCGCCUUACCCCCCAGCGCCGGGGGCUUCGCCAUACCCUCAGGCACCGGGAGCCUCGCCUUACCCUCCUGCGCCCGGGGCGUCACCGUACCCACCUGCCCCGGGAUCGUCUCCGUACCCGCCGGCCCCCGGAGGGUCUCCCUACCCGGGCGCGGGGGCGGGUUACCCCCCAGCCCCCGGGGCAGGCCCUUAUCCUACGGGAGGGCCGCAGCAGUACCCUCCAGCCACCGGCGGCGCCUACCCUCCCGCUGGGGGCAGCGCGUACCCUGGUAGCGGCGCAGGGUAUCCGCUGCCUGGUGGCAGCCCUUAUCCCGGUGGGCAGCCGGGCCAGGCCCCCAGCGGCGGAUACCCCGGCGGCAGUCCCAGCCCCAGCCUGAGUGCCCAGACAGUCCAUCGCACCCAGGCGGCAGCUCCGUCCGGCAGAGUCCUGGCCUACACGGAGAUUCCCACUGUAUCGCCUGCAGGGCACUUUGACCCUAGCAGUGAUGCUGCUGCUCUGAGGAAGGCUAUGAAGGGCUUUGGGACUGACGAGGCUGCCAUCAUUGCAGUCCUCUCUCGCAGGACCUCCGACCAGCGCCAGCAGAUCAUGCUGAAGUACCAGCAGUCCUAUGGCAGGGACUUGGUGAAGGACCUGAAGAGUGAGCUUAGUGGCAAAUUUGAAGACGUCAUUCUUGCCUUGAUGACCCCCCUGCCGCUCUUCCUUGCCAAAGAGAUCAAUCACGCCAUUGCCGGGGUCGGAACCAAUGAGAGAACCCUAGUAGAGAUCCUGUGCACUAGGGACAAUGCCUCACUUAUGAUGAUCAAGAAUGCCUACUAUCAGCAUUACCGCAAGAAGCUCGAGGAAGAACUUCAUGGCGACACCUCAGGAGAUUUCCGCCGUCUCCUCAUUUCAAUGUGCGCAUGUGCCAGGGAUGAGGCGAGCUGUGAUCCAGCCCUGGCAAACAACCUGGCCCAACAGCUGUACAAGGCAGGUGAAGGCAAGAUUGGAACAGACGAGUCCGAAUUCAACCGCAUCCUGUCGGCCUACUCGUAUCCUCUCCUGCGCUGCGUGUUUGAAGAAUACAGGAAGAUUAAGGGGAAGACCUUUGGUGAUGCCAUUGACUCCGAGCUGUCUGGAGACCUGAAGCUUGGCAUGAAGACCAUCUAUCAGUGCAUUGAGAACCGUGCAGCCUUCUUUGCCAAGGAGCUGCAUAAUUCCAUGGCAGGGGCAGGCACCAACGACAGGGCUCUCAUUCGCCUGGUGGUGUCUCGCAGCGAGAUUGACAUGGGCAACAUCAAGCAGGAAUAUCAAAAGCUGUACAAGAAGCCCUUGGAGAAGGACAUCAAGGACGACACCUCGGGCGACUACAAGCGAGUACUCCUUGCGCUUGUUGAAGGCUAAGGGGUCAGUGCUCUCUCUCUCCCCCACUCAACUACUUUUGCCUUCCCUGUAAGACGCGAGAUUCUAAUGAGGUGCAAUCUGUUCUAGGACGAUGUUGGCGGGGACUACAAGAAGCUCCUUAUGGGGUUGGUUGAUGGCUAGACACCUCUCUCUCUCUGUUGCUUACCCCCAGAGCUCUGGCUUGCCAUCUCCACACAGAGACAUUGGAGGAAAUUAUGACCUAGUAGUGUUUAAUGGAUUCAAGGAGUGCUAGUAGUAUAGCCUUAUUUUGUAAGGAUUUUUUUAUUUCUCUGUUUUUUUUUCUUUUUCUUUUUGCCUCUCCUUUUAUGGAAAAAGAAAAAAAGUUGAACAGUUUGUUGGGUACAAAGUGUGCUCUUUUUUUUUCUUUUCUUUUCUUUUUCUUUUUCUUUUCCUCCUUUGUCAGUAAUUCCAGACUUCAGAUUGGUGAAGCUGCUUUUUAUCUGUUUAUCUCUUUAUGUUAGAAAAUGCCAAGUCGAGAUCGAGAUUGAAAUUUUGAAAAUAUUAAGAAAGAAGUAUCAACAGUCCAACCGGGAUCGUGUAAUAGAGUCGUUGAGUAGAAGGAAGAAAGUAGAUUUUAAAGAGAACACAAUUUUUUAUGAGAGUCAUUUUGUGUCAGGAUUCUUAUGAGCAAGAAAUAUUUGAUUUUUUAACUCCUCUAUCUUUGCAUGGAACAAAGCCAGUUAUUGUAUUUUGAGUAAUUAAUAUGUCAGAGAAUGUUCGUUUUUAUAUGCAGAUUUCUAUUUUAGAGUGUCUGUAUGCUGAUGCAUUGUCUGUGUCUGUAAUAGAUAUAUAUCAUUUGAUAUUGAUAUUACAGUAUUUUACAAGUAUUAAUACAUCCAAAAAAAAAAGGUAAUUCAUUCUAAGUGUUGUCAAAUUUUCAUGUGAAUGUCUUUUUGAGAUUUAAGUCAUUGUAUUACAUAUAGACCAAAAAAAAAAAAUGUUCUGAAAUAUCUUUUGAGUAUAUGUUUAAAUUACAUUGGAUUAUAUGUAAAAAGGAAAUUGUUUUAUUUGUACUUACUUCUGAGUACUUACUAUUCUAUAAAGUAUAUCUUAUUAAUUGUCAGAAAUAAAGGAUGUAACUAAUUA